GCAGCCGCUCGCUGACUUGUCUGACUGUUCAUACAGGCGUGGGUAGCACAUUCGAAAGCUGCAAUCCCAAUUAGAGCCUUAGUAUGAAUACACAAGAGAGGAUGAGCAGGCUCCUAUGGAGAAAGAGUAUACUUGCUCUAGCAAUUGUAAUUCUUGCAUCCUGUUUUGGUGAUGCUGAGGCACAACGUAAUACCAAAAUACCAAACAAAAUGUACACUGGGCCAGGAACCACGCUGAAUCUGAGAAACAUUGUUGUAGGACGGUGCUACCACUACUUGUCCUUGUAUCCAGCCACUGGGGUGAAGGACUGCAAUAGAAUAUGGCAAGAACUAACAGAUGCAGUAUUUAGGAAAGAUCCAUGCAAAAUCACAGAGGAAGACUACCAAAAACUAGCCCAAGUGACAGGACAAAAAGUCCCAUGUGAUAAGAGUCUUCUGUGGAGUAGAACAAAUGAUCUGGUUCAUCGCUAUACAAAAGCCACCGAAAGUUUUAUGACCUUGGAGGACACUUUCCUAGGCUUCAUAUUCAAUGGCCUUAUGUGGUGUGGGAAGACUGCUAGUCCAGGGAUGAACUUUAAAGUGUGUCCUGCAUGGAAUGAAUGUACCAACAAUUCUCAAUCCUCUUUCUGGAAGAUGGCCUCUGCUACUUUUGCUAAAGCAUCUUGUGGGACAGUAAAUGUCAUGCUGAAUGGUUCUACAGAUGGUGCAAUCGCCAGAACAGAAAGUAUUUUAAGGACAGUGGAGAUACCAAGUAUGAAUCCAAAUACAGUAUCUAACGUGAAGCUUUGGGUAAUUGAUGAUAUUGAAGGACAAGACAAAAAUUCCUGCAACAGUGAGUCACUGCUAGAGCUUCAACAUUACAUUGAAGAGCACAACCUGACGUAUUCCUGCAUUGACAACUAUAGGCCGGUAACAGCUUUGCAGUGUGUGGAGAACCCCAACCAUCGUGCCUGCAACCAAUGCAGUAUUCACUAAAAUGAAUCCUUAUAUAAGCAAUUCCUCAGUCUGCCAGCAGUGGGAGCCAUAUACAAUAUCUUACAUAUUUGUUACAGGAUACAGAACAUGACAUAAUCAUAUUUCUGCAAUAAAAAGAGCGUGUGUGGAAGAGUGCAUUUUCUUAAAGCCAA